AUGAAAGCUUAAGUGUUAUUUCGAGUGAAAUGUUCAACAGAACUUAGUAAAAUGGUGAGAAUUGUUGGAAACAAUCCAUAAUUAAGGAAUUGGAAUCCAGGAUUUAAAUUAAUAACUAAUAAUGAAAUUUAUCCUAUUUGGUAUAGUGAUUAUGCUUUAGAAGUUGAAUUAAGUAUAUAAUAUAUCUAUUUCUAGAUUAAUUAGUUGAAUUCAAAUUAAUAAUCACUUAUGGUUUGUAAUUCAUUUUGGGAAUGCGGUGAAAAUCGAUAUUUUUAGAUAUGGUGAUAUCUAUAUAAACAUAAAAAUUAGUUAUUGUUUUAACAUUUAUAAUAUAAAAAGAAAAUUUCAGAUACUUAAUUUAAAUUAAAUAAAUAUUUUAGAAAGUACAAGAAAAGUUUUUAUUUAACUAAAUGACAAAUUAUAUGAUUCAAAUGAUGAUUCAGUAAUUUAUUAUAUAUAUUAAAAUUAUAGGACUCUGAAUAAGAAAGUAAUGGAAAUUCCUUACUUUAAGAUGAAAUCAUAUGA